GUCCCCCUUCCCCCAACAAAGCCCCUGAUUCGCCAAGGUCGAGAGUUUUGACUCAGCGCUGUCAUUCGUGAAAAAAAUGUUCACCGAACACAGCUGCCGCGGAUAACCUUCCAUCAGCACGCACCAGGCUAAUCUUUCGGCUAUUCUUUUACCCUUUCCGCUAUUUAUGCAAUAAAACAUUAGGCCGUUAUCAAAAUGACGAAGGAGGAACAGAAGCCAGGAGAGGGGAAAGAGGGCAAAACAAGAUGGACAGAUUGCAUUUAUAACCCGAGAACCGGAGAGUUUAUUGGUCGGAACGCAAGUAGCUGGGGGCUCAUACUCCUCUUCUACCUGGUGUUUUAUGGCUUCCUGGCUGGAUUUUUUUGUCUCACUAUGUGGGUGAUGCUUCUGACCCUUGAGGAUCAUGUUCCAAAAUAUAAUGAUCGAGUCCCCAGUCCAGGGUUGGUUAUCAGGCCAAAGUCGCUGGACAUAGUUUACAACAGAUCAGACCCUGCAAACUAUGGCCAGUAUAUUCGGCACCUGGAUACCUUCCUACAGAGGUACAACGACUCGGAGCAGGCCUCAAAUGAGCUGUGCCUGGCUGGGGAGUUCUAUGACCAAGAUGCUGAGGCUCAGAAGAAGGCCUGCCAAUUCAGGAGGAGCACCCUCAGAAUCUGCUCGGGCAUUAGUGACCCCAACUAUGGCUACUCCGAGGGCAAGCCCUGCAUCCUGGUCAAGAUGAACAGAAUUAUAGGCCUGAAACCUCAAGGAGAACCAUACGUUAACUGCACAGCCAAGAGAGACAGUCCUUUGUCUGUCCAGUACUUUCCCGCGGCGGCACGAAUUGAUAAAAUGUACUUCCCGUACUAUGGAAAAAAAGUUCAUGAAAAGUACGUCCAGCCCUUGGUUGCAGUGAAACUCUUACUGACAAAGGAGGAUUACAACAAAGAAAUCACAGUGGAGUGCCGAGUUGAAGGGUCUAACCUGCGCAACAACGACGAGCGGGACAAGUUCCUGGGACGUGUGACGUUCCGCGUCCUAGUGACGCAGUAGAUUAUGGCUUAGAUUGGAGCUAAUAUGCAUGGCACAACCCCCAGCACCCUUUUCCCCUACUCCCCAGCUCUGCGCUCAUCUUGACCCACCUGCAGAGGGGGAAAGGUUCUCACCCUUCCCACCGCUUUGUUCUAUUUGCAGAGGUGGACAUUCCAGGUUUAGAGCGUAAUCCUUGAAUUAUUUUGUUAUGUAUGUUUGGAUUCGCCUGUUACUGCUUGUAUUGCUAAGAUAGGAGUGUCACUGCCCGUAUUUGAACAUAUCCUCCCCUUGGGCCUUGCCUUCACCCUAUUCAUAUGUAGGCCUGGCUUUUCAAAGUAUCCCCCAUCUCAUAUCCUACUUUUUGGGCAUCAGAUAUUAACACACACACUCACACUCACACACACACUCACACUCUUACACACACACACACACACACACACACACACACACACACACACACACACACACACACACACAAACACACAGGGCCCUUUUGCCAUAGCAUGGUGCUAGAUACAGCAAGAUCAAUUAUUAUGCAUCUGAACGUAAAAGUAGCCUGUUGAGUUAGUGUAGUCAUCUCCACAAUGUAUUUCCUGUCUGUUUGUUUAUAUUCAUGUCUGUUUAUCUCUGUUUUGCUGCUCUUUGGUAAACUAUUUAAUGUUUUUCAGUUCUGUAUUUAUAUGUAAUGGAGCACAAUGUUAAAGCACAGUAGACAACAAUAGUAACAAUAAGGUGAAUGUGCCAAAACUUAUUUAAACCACUGUAAUGAACACAGAGAGACGUGUACUUGUGAACCAAGUGAUUUUUAUAGCCUCUGCCAGAAAAUCUUUUGUGCAGAUGCCUUAACACCUAUGUAACAGCUCUGAAAUAAAAAGUGAUUUUAAGAGAAUGGAAAA